UGUGUGGAUUUCUUGAUCUGGUCCCGGUGUUCAUGUGCUUGCUCCUCAACAUCCUCAACAUAGAUCUAUGAUGACCAACAAGGAGGAGAGGGACGGGACAGGGAAGAAGGCCGGCGUCCCCAGCGAUGAAGAAGAUGGGGAGGAUGUGAAGAUGGCUUCUUCUUCAUUCGGGACCUGCAGGAAAGAAGAUGCGUGUGAAGGUGUUGAUUUUGUACAUAUUUGGCUUUGGAUUGUUCUUAAUUACCGGUUGUUUGUUUCGUACCAUAUAUCGUCAACUCUACCUCUGUGUUUGCCUACCUUCUACUUCCCUGUUUGGAUCUACAGGUUAAAUCAUGUGUUUUCCUACCUUCCUAUUCCAUGCCUGCAAGAUGCAGCUAGUGCCCUUCCCGAUCUACACAUUUUACAUGCUACAAUAGCAUGGUACAACUUUCAGACAAAAUCAACGAUCAAUGUCUGCUAUCAUGGAUACAAACUUGCUAAUAUUGAAGAAGUUGACAAGAUUUUUCCCCUGGCCUUGGAUUUCGCCUUCCUGGUGAGCGCGGCGAGGGCAACCACAGGGGAGGUGACAUUGGAGUCAUCACCUCAUGUCAAGUUGUACGGGGACCAGAAGCGAGGAUAUGUUGCGGCCUUGAAGAGCUACGUGUGAAUUCAGCCUGGGGAAGACCGACGCGAGUUUGGAGUAGAGACAGCGGCCAGUGAGCUGGACUCCCGUUUUCCAAGACAUUUGAGACGAGGUGUUUGAGAAUAAUCCAAGGAGGUUGCACAACAUAAUAAGUCCAUGUGAUACUUGAAUCUGCAAACUCUAGGUUUUGGUCAGACCGAGGUAUGUAAGCAUGAAAGAGGACUGGUGUUGAUGCUGGAUAUAAACGAGUCACAAGUGUUCACUGCAAAUCACCAGAUGUAAACCUAUAAUCUCUUAGCUACAUCUUUUCUGGAACAUUGUUGAACUAUUUUCAAGUUUUACUAGACUACUGUAAGCAGUUUUAAAUUCGACUUUGUUCAUUUAAGGAAGCAGGUUGGUUUCAUAAAAAAUUAAGAGUGGGGCUUGUCUACUUUGAUAAUAUGAUCGUUCACUUUAAA